AAACCGCCCAAGGAUCUCCCUCAAUAUUAUGUUGCUAAAAUCACCUUAUAAUGACGUUGGCUAUAUAUUACUACAGGCCACUUUAAGAGGAUUUUGGAGAAACGGAAGAGGUGGACAGAGGCCUUGCAAUCCUGCCACUACAGAGCCUGCAGGUGCUGUAAAGCAUGCAACACCAGAGUCUGUGUCUUAGCUGUUCUGAUACGUGAAUAUCUGUUUUGACAAGACCACCUAUUGGAAUAAAGUGGAAGAAUUUGCUUCGAGUUUAAAAGAAAACUCAGGGAGCAAUGAAGUCAGGCGAGAUCGCAAGAUAUAGCUAUUGACUCCUUGAUGUGUAAACGCUGGCAAAGCCAUCUGUGUGCAAAGACAUUUCACACAACUAUACUGCAGUGAUCACAAUAUUUUUCCAGUGGGCCAUGAUGAGUUUCCCUUCCAACUGGAUGCUUUCGGCCCCUCUCACCGACGGAGAAAUAUGUGAUGCAAGAAUCGGUAUCAAAGAAGAGGUCACCGAAGACACCAGUGAAGACAACUCUGUAGAAAUAAAGGAAGAACCACUUGAUUACGCAGAUACAUCAAGGCAUGAAGAGAUUGCGGCAAAAAUUAAAUAUGAAUUUCCUUUCUUUAAGGAAGUUCAAAAAUUCAGACAUGAAGCAAAUGAAAAAAAAUUAUCUUAUGUGAUUCAGGAUUCUAAUGCCAUGUUGCCGACAGCACCAUUUGUGGCAGAAAAUUGUGGGGACAAGUGCUUAUUUGAUGGUGAUGAGGUGACACAUUCGGAAGUUCAUGAGAUUACUCACCGAAAAGCUGUUAAAAAAAGGAGACAUAUUGCCUGUGAAGUUUGUGACAACAAAUUCACUAGCAAUAGUAAUCUUUUGAUUCAUAUGAGAGUACACACACAGGAGAAGCCAUAUAGUUGCGAGAUUUGCAAUAAGUCCUUCUCGCAAAAAACUAAUCUAGAAAGGCACAUGAAAGUUCAUACAAAGGAGAAGCCAUAUACCUGUGAAAUUUGCAAUAAGGCUUUCUCACUGAAAAAUAUUCUUGUAAGGCAUAUGAGAAUACAUACAAAGGAGAAGCCAUAUAGCUGUGAAAUUUGCAGUAAGGCUUUCAUACAGAAAAGCAUUCUUGUUGGACACAUGAGAGUUCAUACCGAGGAGAAGCCUUUUAUCUGUGACAUUUGUGAUAAACCUUUCUCAAUGAAAAAUAAUUUAGCAAAACACAAGCGAGUACACACAAAGGAGAAGCCCUAUAGUUGUGAGAUAUGUAGUAAAGCUUUCUCAAUGAGAAGUAAUCUAGUGAAGCAUAUGAAAGUACAUGCAAAGGAGAAGCCCAUUUAGCUGUGAGAUUCGCAGUAAGAAAUUCUCAUUGAAAAUUGUUUUCUUAAGACACAAGAUAUUAUAUAGAAAGGCCAAGCCAUUUGGCUGUAAGGCUUGCCAGGAGUCAUUCUUUCCAAAAAAUACUCUAGUAAGUCAUAUACAGGUACAUUUGAAAUAGAACUAUAUAGGCAAUCUCUUAGAGAGAGAGAAAAAAAGUUGAUUAAAAUACAUGAGGGCAUAGAACACACAGGCUUUAUAUUUUUGCAUUUUGUAGAUAUACAUUUUCUCAAUUUAGCAAUUUAGUAAUACACAAACUACAAGGAUAUUUGGAAGGAACAGCCAUCCUGAUGACAUUGUUUUGGAGAUAUUGUUCUAGAUUAUGGAUUUUUUCUUGUACAUAUAUAUUGUAAAUGAUAUUCUCAAUGUGUAGUUCACAAGUGGAUUAAAUUUUCAUGUAUUA